ACGUCGAACUUCAAUCCAAAAUGGGGUAUUAUCCCUAAUAAAAACAUAAUUUAUAAACGAUAAUUUUGCUAAAAUUUCGUAUUAGUUCGAUGACGAGAUAAUUAACCCAUUUUUUGCUUCAUUUGGGUUAAGUCUUACUUUUUUACUCCUUACCCGUCUCAGGUCAAAGUGUCAAACCCCUGCAGGCUGCAAGGGCUUCUGCUCUCUUCCACUCGUCCUCAGCCGGCUGAGCCGUCAGGCCCUCUCCCGUCGACCCAGCUCUUCCCCUCUCCACCGUUUCCUUUCCAGCUUUCUGAUUCUAUUGGGGGAGACGUCCUGGCAACCUGAGCGUAACGACGACAAACUGCCGGAUUCCUCGUGCGGGUAGCGACUGGAUCGCGACUGACAGCGAGCUGAAUCGGAGGCAGGCUGGGCUCUUUUGUGUUGCUUUGCUGGUUUGUGGGUAAAGGUUUAAAUCCUUGAAUUUCUUUCUGUUUCUUUGAAUGGCGAAUUUAAGGAGAUCAUUGUUCUGCUCUCUGAAUUUUUUGCAAAAUUGAGCAAAAACAUCUGCAUUGGUUGUGCACAUCCAUACGAGUCGUUUGAUUUGGCAUAAUUAGGAUCAAUUGCGGGGGUUCACUCAGCGGUUUUGGAAUGGUGUGGUUGGGUUUUGCUAUUAUGGAGAAUGUUCUCAUUGCUAUCAGCUACUAGGGGAUCCAUAAUUAAUCAUGGAGAAUGUUCGCAUUGCUAUCAGCUAGGGGAUAUUGUUGAAGACUGAGGGGUCGUUUGGAUGAUGAAUUCUAAUAGAUCAAUCUGACACAAUUGUCUCGUUUUGAGUCAAUUGUGCUACAUUGAUCCGUUUGGCAGCAGAAAAUUUGGAUGAAGCAAUUUGGGCUGGGGAAUUCUGAAUUGACUCAUUUUGAGCCAAUUACAAUUGUCUGGGGUGGGGGCAGGUAAUCUGAAUUGACUCGUUUUAAAUGACUCGUUUUGUAAAAUGAAACAAUUGGUCAAAUUGUCUCGUUUUACAAUUGAUCCAUCCAAACGACCCCUGAAUGUUUUGGUUGAUAGCCGAUGAUCGUAGCAGAAAGAUCUGGGCCAGGCAUCUUCCGUAGAAAGUUAACUUUCUGAAUGGACUUUAGUAGAGUCUUCAUUGUAGAGACAACCGUGGGCUAGUUCGAGUGUUUGACAUUGUAGGUUCUUCUCUGGUUUAUGUUCAAGGAAGGAAUUUGACAAUUUUUAUUUGUCAGCCUGAGUAGAAUGUUUUUUUUUUUUUUUCAUUCGUUUUGUGAUGUCUCUUUGAGGGGUUUGUUGGCAGAGGGACGUUAUAUUGAGUCCUUGCAAUAUGUUGAAACCAUGUGUUAGUUUUUGAUGCAGUUUAGAGGUCUUCAUGUGGCAAUAUUAGUCUGUCUUUGAUAUUGUAAAUUCUGGUUCAUGUGUUAUACUUCGGAUCAAAGUAUAGAGUUGUUCUCCCUAUAGUUUCCGGGUCGUUGCGAUACCUGCAUUUUGGAUUUCCAUUUCUCUUGCCAUGAUUAAAAUUUACGGGCAGGGGUAAGAACUUUCAAAAACUGAAACUGAGAACGUGCUUAUAUUUUGGCUCUAGAGUGUAAAAACCGGAACUUUCCUGGCGCAGGAUAGACAUUUCCGAAGUGGGAAAACAAGGAGCUUCAAACUAAUUGUACAAAAUGCUUAGAGCAAAUCGGUUCACAAAUCUUGCUCGUUCAGCCAGAGCUUCAUUGUUCUCAUGUGAAGUCCAAGAAGCUCGCGCCCAACACAGUAUCAUUGUCGACCUGAGGAGCCAGCCUCAGCUGUCUUCUGUUCGCUUCCUUGACUUCUAUCAGCUUGGGAACAAAGCAGCUAUUGAGAAAGAGCGUGCCAGGAUUACGGAUGAGAUGAAUAGAGGGUACUUUGCUGAUAUGUCAGAGUUCAAGAAGCAUGGUGGAAAGAUUGCUCAGGCAGAUAAGAUAUUAAUCCCUGCAGAGACUGCAGCUAAGUUUCCAGACUUCGAAGUGAAUUUCUCAGAUGGUAGAGCCUUAAAGCUCCCUACUAGAUUCAGUGGGAAUAUCACUAAGUCUGAUGCUUCUGAUUUUCCGAAUGCAACUCUGCUUUGUCUUUCGUUUAGAGCAAGCUCGCAGGGAAUGAUCGACUCUUGGACUGGGCCAUUCCUUGAGGCAUUUCGUGAUGGCAAAAAUAUUCAGCUCUAUGAGGUGUCAUUCAUAGACUCAUGGCUCCUAUGUCGGAGUCCAAUCAAGCGGCUGCUGCUUCGGACUAUGAAGAAAUCCACAGUUGACGCGAGUCGAGCACUUCAAAAGCAGAUUGCUUAUUCGUUUGGCGACCAUUAUUACUUCCGAAAAGAACUGAAGAUAUUGAACCUUCUCACAGGGUAUAUUUACCUUGUAGACAAAUUUGGCAGGAUUAGAUGGCAGGGAUCCGGCUCAGCCACCGAAGAAGAGAUGUCCUCCCUCCUCUCAUGCACGUCGUUACUCUUACAAGAUUGAAGUUUCCUCUUCACUCACCCACCCCCCGGCAUAGACAGAUUUCCGAGCAAUAAGCUUUCAGAAACCAAACCAACAAUGGUCUUAUAACGGUACAUGUCCAUAAACCCCGAGUUUUUGUUGUUGUUGUUGUUGGAUGAAGGUCGUGACAUGUGUUUAAGGUCGGAUAUGGGUUUGGAUUUCAAAACCGAACCGUCCUUAUAGCUCUCUAUCGUUGCCUACCACCAGACUUUAUCUUAAGAAUCAAUUCUGCUGAUGCUUGUACUUCAUCAGCCGACCAUUCAUUCUCGUCCUUUGCUAUUCAAGGCCUUCUCUAUAUAGAGUGUCCUAUGUAGCAUAUGCAUGAUCCUGCCCUGUUUCUCACAAAUGGUUGCAAGCCUCUGAUACUUCAUUCAUUGUUGCAUGAGUCUGGAGUGUAACUAGUGUUUAUCAUCAUAUAUGGAAGUUCUGUAAUGACAAAGGAAAGGUUCCUAGAGCAAGAGUUGAUGUGAACGAUUUUGAGAACUAUCCGAGAGCAAGAGUGUGCCAAAAAGUCUUCUAUUUAAUGAAAGAUAAAGCCAACUGCCCAACUCAUCGAGGAGUAAAAAGAGGAAAAAAGGCCAAGCUUUUUACAGAAAUGGGUUGUGACGUAAAUGUCCAGCCUGCAAGGAAGUUAGUGAAUGUGGAUGGUGACCUAGUUUCCUAGUUUUGGUACAAAAUGGCGAGCUUGGGUUCCUUAACAACAAAGCAAGGCCAUGUGAUGAUAAAUGUGUCCCUUCGAGUUUAGGGUUUGCUGCUGAUUCUGAUGCCUGAUAUGAUAUCACAUUGGUGAACUUGGAAGUUGUGUUUAGUGACUAACUUGUGCAGAUUUGAUAUCGACAUAGAGAGGAAGUAAACUGAUAUGAUAUCACAAUGGAUCUAGGUGUAGCAUGCAUGUCGUUAUUAUUUUAUUUAUCGGUUUCGGGUUCGUAUUAAAAAAUACGAUUUAAAUACAUCAUCAUGUCUCACAUGUCUACCAAGCAAAUUUUCAGUUACUACUUGCACGUUUUGAGGCAAAGUCUCUAGUUUCUCAAGAUGGUACUAAUGUCACGAGAUGAAUAGAUAAUUGAUGGAUAUACAAAUUGAAGAUGGUAUGCAAAAUAAUUCAUGUUAACAAAAUCAAGUAAGAUAAAAAUAAGUGCAGAAAAGAAGAGGAAGGUGGGGAAUGUAAAUAAAUUAUCUUCUGGCUUUUCAAAAAGUGGGAAAUGCCAAGAAAAGAAAAGCAAAUUGGUACAUUGGGUAGUGCAAAAGAGAUGGAUUUUGUGCUUGGUGACGAAGUUGGAGGAUCUUUUUUGGCCAAUCUUUUGUUCUUCCCAACUCCUUUGGCUGUGAGCCACGGUGGUGCACACUAGUGCUUGUGGCCGGGGCAAGAAUUGCGAAAUUGUAUCGGAGAUUAUAUCGAAAACAUUAGCGGUAUCAAUCAACACUAAAAUUCGUCUAUCAAUAGAAUAAGUGGAACGGCUGAUACAAUAUGCUUUCACAAAAGUAAAAUGACCUAAUUGUA